AUGGCGCUUUCCUCGUUCGUCUCGGUUGACUUUGGGUCGCGGUCGGGCACGGACAGCGAGGACUCGGCGGGGAACGGCUCGCACUCAUCCUCGUCAGCGUCGUCGUCGUCCUCGUCGUCGUCGUCGUGGCACAGUUCGGCUUACCCAUACUCGUCCAAACCGCCAGCCGACGUUUCCUGCAUGGCAUACUCAGACACCACUGCAAGCUCGCUCACUGCUUCGAUCAGCCUCACCAACUCCAUUCCGCUCGGCAUGCCCGUCAUUGUCGACGACGGUCUGGCCUUGUCAAGCCCAGGCAUGUUUGUUCCUCUCACCGAUCUGGCUCUCCAUUCGGACUCGGACUCGGAUUGGGAGACUCAUCUGGCCCCGGUAGCGUCCCGUGUCAUCCGGUCUGCUCCCCACUUGAUGUCACCUCGGUCCUCCGUCGACGACGAGUCGUCUCUUGCCGGCAGUGGCGACUCGAUGCAUGGCACCCCUGCCAUUCGUUGGGACCAUUUCGAUUCCGUUGCGGAAAUUGCCCGUGGCGCCCAUGGCGUCGUCUACCGUGGAAAGCUCUGUGGAAGCGAGUAUGCCAUCAAGCUUGCCGACAAUCGCUCGAGUCACAACGCCAGCGACUUGCUGAGCGAAGUCCGUGUCCUCAAUGCAGUCCGACACAGGUUUGUGCUCUCAAUCGUCGGCCUCUGUAUCAAGGACGACGACGCCGUGCCGCGCCUCGGGAUGGUCACCGAGUAUGCAAACUCUGGCACGCUCCAGAGCUACAUCUGCGCCGUUCGUGCCGGAUCUUCGCCCGCCGCUCCGCGGACUGAGCUUCUUUGGCUCUCCCAAAUCGCCUCCGGCCUUGCGCAGAUCCACGCCUCAGCCCUUGUCCACCUCGACAUCAAGCCCGACAACAUCUUCCUUGUCGCCGCCGAGCACGCUAUCGAAGUUCGCAUCGGUGACUUUGGCUCCGCCGUCGACCUUGUCGCCGCUCUUCCGCAGCUGGGCAUGGCUUCAGAGCUAGCCUCGCCAGGCUAUGUCUCCGCCUCGCUCUCUUACUGUGCUCCCGAGGUCUUCAUGGACCUCUCCUCACUCACUCCCGCCGCCGACGUCUUCUCGCUUGCCAUCGUCGGCUUUGAGCUGGUCUCAAAGGCAACAGGUCUCGAAUACCGCGCUCGCCGCGAGAACAUCUAUGUCAUGCCAGACUGGAGCCUCAUCGACGCUGUCAAGCUCCCGUGCUCCCAAGCUGUUGCCUCACUCCUCCGCGCCUGUGCUGCCACAGAGCCGGCCUCUCGCCCCUCGGCUCUCUCUGCCGCAUCGUCGAUCUCGGACAUCUACAACGACUCGCUCUCUUCCAUCAUCGCUGAACUCGCACCCUCGACGUCCGACGCCGUCUGGGCUCUUCGCCCGCAGCCGCACGCACCUGUUCCGCUCGCUGCCUUUGAGGCUGCCACCCGCAUGGCUGAUCUCGGCGGCCUGGCUGCUGCCGCAGCUUCGGCCCUCGCCUCCUCGGUCUUUGUUGGCGAGGACUUUACUCCCAGAGCAGUCGUCGCUAUCGCCGCUGGCACCGAUGCCGCCGUGGCUUCGCCGCCGCCGCCGUCGCUGGCCACCUCGGUCCGCGCCCUGGCUCGCAUCGUCGCAACUUCUGAGGCACCCACCCCACACCUCGUCUAUGCACACACUGUGGCCGAGUCGCGUGGGCCUCGCCCGCUUCCGGUCGCUCUGCUGGACCACGUCAUGGCCACUUUGUCGCCCGAGGAUACUUCUGCUCUUGCUCUCGACGUCGCUCCAUUCUUGAUCUCUGCGUUUACUUGCGCCCGGCCGGGCGAGACCCUCGCUGGCCUCUUCCAUACUGUAGCCACCCACCUCGAGCCCGAGUCCGCCUCUGCCCUUGUAUCUGCCCUCGAUGACUCUAUCACUACCGCCAAGUAUGGUGCUGACGUUGAUGGUCUUGCCUCGCUUCUUCGUCUUGUCGUACAAGACUUUGGCGACGAGGUUGAAGACUCAAUCAGGGUCGCAACGCCACCGCCGCCGACCUCAGUCCAUCAUCUUGCUCGACCUCUUCGGUUCUUUGCCCGUGCCCUUCGACAUCUUCUCCUCGAGUCAUCCGAUGAUCUCGUGGCCGAACUCGCAGGCGUCGUCGGCUCGCGCGAUGACCUUGCCGAACUAAUCUCGUCUGUCGCGCUUGCUGUUGCCAUCGAGCUUGGUCCGCAGCUUGUCGCUCUCGCCUCGACCACGCCUACAGCCCGCGAGGCGCUGCCCCUGUCAUGGCGCCGUCACCUGCACGCACGGUUUGCCAGCGACCUGCCCGAGCCGGCCGAGCCUACAUGUCACCUGCACUUGGCAGCGUCUGCCCACGCUGCAGCCUUCCGCGCCACUGCUUCUCGCCUCAAACCCGCGGCUGGCGACGGCAAUCUCGAAGCGGUCGUUGCCGCCCUUGUCGCCGCUCUUGUCGACACACCGCUGCCCUCUCUCGGUGGUUGUGGCAUGCCACCUGUAGAUGUUGGCGUGAGUGCGCUCCAGCAUGCAGCGCCCUUGGUCGUCGAGAUCGCAGCAGUAGCCAAGGCGUCACUGGCGUCGCCACCUGCACCGGUUCUCGAUGCCCACAUGUACGCGCUCGAAAUGGCAUGGCUCGACUCGGUCGUGCCGAGCUCACUCGCGCACUCCACGCUUCUGGGCCAGCUUGCCGCCACCGAACCGAACCCAAGUGCCCUCGACAACGUCCUCGCCGCCGCCGAUAUUUUUGCUGCCGGGCAGGCGCCAGUCCGCGCGCUCUCGCUCUACCUCGAAGCCGCGGCCUUCCUUCGCUCCACACCGGCGCGUGAAUCCCUGCUCGACUCGCGUCCCGGUAUCGAGGCUGCCCUCAACAUGCAAGUAGUGACUCUGGCCCGGGUUGUUACCUCGCACUCGUGGCUGCGCUGCGAGUCGUUCACGCCCUUUGCCGCCGCUGCCCUGCCAGUCGCGCGUUGGCGAGCCGCGCUCGCUCACGCACGGGGCAACGCCGUCGCUGGUGUCCUCCGCGCCGCAGUCUUUGACGAUGCCGACACCGACGCCGACGCCGACGCCGACGAAACCUUGCACCUCCGCAAUUUUGAGGCCAAGCCGCUCGCUACCGCGCUCCACAACUUCCACAUCGCCGUCGUCGCCAUUUUUGGCGACAUUGUCCGUGCAAGCCUGCGGGCGCUGGGCCCGCCGCCUACUCACUUUGCGCUGUUCUCACUCGGCUCGCUCGCACACGGCGUGCCUGCCCUCUUCGACACGCUCAAGUUUGCUUGCGUCGUUGAUGCAGACGAGCUGGGCACUGCCGAGUACUUUGAGGUCUUUAUCAAGUACCUCGAGCUCAAGGUUGCCCAGCUCGGCGAAGUCGCUACUACAUUCAGCGACAGGCCUGGAUUCUCCCUUGAUACCCAGGGCAUGAUCCCGUUUGGAAGCGCGUCGCCGAUCUCGCUCUUUGGUACCCCCGAGACCCUUGCCGCCGCCAUGACCGCCGCCGGCGAGCAGCUGUCUGUAGGCCUUGCUGAGUUGAUCACCUCGCCAUCGCUGCUAUUUAGCUCGACCGUAAGCUCGGGUGAGCAGCUUCUCGCCCGAUACUAUGCUGCGCUUGAUGCGCGACUCUCCGAGAUGGUUGUCGACGACUCGGGUGGAAGCCUGGUGAGCCUCGCCAGCAAGCUCGGCCUCAAGAUGGUCGUCGAGGCAGCCACCAGUGCCAGACUCGCACCGCUCCUCCCGCACAACCCCGACUUUAGCGUCACGACGCACCUCGCCUUGGUUCCUCGGCUGGUCUUUGUUGGCAUGUCGACCUACACCGCCCGCCAUGCACCAGGAGACCUCGUCCGCCGCGCCGCCAUGCUCACCGACGAGCAUAUUAUUGCCCGCGAGGCCGUCAACCUCGCUCUCUUCCAGAUGCACUCUGCUGCCGCGCUCCGCCUCCUCAUCCAAGCCAGCUCGAGGUCGGCUCAGGACGCCUUUCCGCGCUCCGGCCUCGUUGCCGUUGCGGGCAAGACACUCCAGCUGAGCCCGGUUGCUACUCGGCUGUUCUACAUGUCGGCCCAGCCGCUGGUCGCCACCUUCCAGGCCGGCCAUGCCGGGCCGCUUCCUUGUGGCCGCUCGGUCGGCCUGCUGUUUGACGCCGGCUUCACCCGCGCGUUAGGUGCCGAUAUUCUUGCGCUCGCCGGCGCGCUCGCCUUGCUCCCGGACGCUGAUCGCGCUGACAUUCUCCCGACCGACCCCAACAUGGCAGCUACUCUCAACUCGCUGCUCAUGCUCACGUCGCACGCGCAUAUCGAGACCGCUGUGGUCGAUGCGGGUGCAGAUGAGCGAGCUGAUCUGAAAGCUUCGCUGGCAUGUGUGGAGCGGAACGCUGGAAGCCGCUGGCACGAGGUUGCUACGCUUGCAGCCACUGUUGCUCAGCGGGUAGUCGACGUCGAGGAGGCCGGAGACCGCCUGCCGUCGGUCUGGUCGGUCCAGGGCGUCGGUCCUCUGUGCGCGCCGGCGUGCGGCUGGAGAGGUGCAAGCCACGUGCCGCUCAGGCCAGUCAGCCUCGACGAGCUUUGUGACCUGCACUGGGGCCGGGUCGCCUCUGAACGGGUUCUUGCCUCGGUCCUCUUUGGCGCCCGCUUCCCGCGCCCAGUCCUCCUCGCCUCGUGCGGUGCUCAACUCGAGCUCAUGCUCCUGAUGAAGGAGAGCUACGAUGCGACCGAGCGCGUUGUUCUCUCGUGCUUGCUCGAAGCUGCGCCGGACGGGCCGUCGCUGCUCUUUGACGGCAGGCGCGACAUGUACAGCUUUGACGCCUGGGCUGCUACCGUGAGUGACACCGCCGCUGUCGACGAGGAAGUCCUCAACGCUGUCCUCCACUCGUGUGCUUACGUGGCGCGGAGCAUGGGCGACGACGGCGGCGGCCUGCUGCGAUCGUCGACCAACUUUCUCGGCGCCUACAUUGACGCCGCCAUCGAACUCAACGACUCGUACGUCUCGCUCGGCCUCAGUGACAAUAGUCUUGCCGAGCGGUACCCAAUGCUGCGACUCGAGUUUUCACAACGUGGUCUCGAGCGUCUAUCGACAACCCUUCUUGCACUGCGCGAGGCAGUUCACUCGCCACACCCAACCCUCCGCAGCCUUGUCGAGGCUUUUCGCAAAGUCAUGGACGGCGUCGCCGGAUCUGUGCCCAAUUCGGACCCUGUCCGCGAGGCAUGUCGGCUCGUCCCGGUCGACCCGAUGGCGGUUGCCCGCGGCGACACGCCUGCCGCCAAUGUGGACAGGCUCCUGCACCCUGCGCAAGUCCUCAAGAUUCUCAACAACCUCAGCCAGCUGCCGGCCGAUGUUGAUGAGCAGGAAGUGCUCGACGCGUGUGUUGCUCGCGUAGUUCGUGCGCCGAUCCCACGACACGCCGGCCUCUUUGUCCUCAACCUCGACGGGCUUGCCGCACUCGACGACACCGCGCUUUGUUCCAUUAUCUGCGCCAGUCCAGGCCUGGCUGUUGUCUCCGCCGCCAACUGCCCAGCGCUCCGCGACGUCGACGCCAUUCUGGCUGCAACCGCCGAAUCGGCCAUCGUGGCAAUGGCUCUUUCUCACAGCAAGGCCAGUCAAGCCAGCUGCUGGACUUACACCGGUAGCUCUUCGCGGUCUGAUUGGGGCUCCCGCCUCGCUCUUGUAGCGAUCGACGACGAGACCGUUGUCGACCGCAUCGGGUUCCGUGACGCGUGCUCACUCACCGACAUGGCUCUCGCGCUGGCCAACACUUGGGUUCCCGUCCACGCUCGCUCUCGCGCGGAUGGCCUCGCCGCUAGUGAGACUACUUUCAGCACAUACCUCAUCAGUGAUGAUGACGGUGGAGCUUGGCUCUGGCUCGACGCACACCUCUCGGAGCUCAUUUACGGUGGCUCGCGGCGGCGCUCGAUCCAGGUCGCAGUCCAGCGCGCAGCACGGCUCGCCUCCACCACGCAGGUCGCAGAAAGGCAUGUGGCGUGGUCGUCCGUCCCGGGCAGCCUAGACUGGAAGCGAGUCCAAGACUGUGCCACCUCGCCCUACGUUCUCGGCUCACAGCCCGAGUGGACGGGGCUGGCUCGCGGAUAUGUAGAGCUCACCCACGAGCUGCUGCAGCCAAAGAGUGCCACUACCAUCCCACUCUUCCACAUCGGUCGCAGUGCAGGUGUCGCCAGUACCAAUGCCCAGCACGAGCUCAACAGAGCUCGGACCGAGAUCAUGGACGCGCUGGCGGUCCUUGAUGCGCUCCGCAGCGACAGCUGCAGCGUUGACACUGCGGUCCACGAGACGCAACUCUUGUCCUCGCUCUCGAGUGCGCGCGAGACGCUCGAGUCUGCGUGUGUAGCGUUCAAGCUUCCGAUGCUCGGCCUCGCGGCCAAAGUCGUUUACAACCAGGGUGUGAACAACUCUGUGACCGGUGAGUAUGGUGCUGAGACUGAGGCGAUUCUUUGCGAGCUCUGCCUCCUCCUCGACACCAUUGCCGGUGCUUUGCAAGGGACUGGCCAAUGAAACCGACUACAAAUCCAGCGUGCACGUCUUGCUCAGGCUGUGAAAGCAUCAGUUCGCCUCGUUGACAAAGCGCUGGACCGGGCCGCAAGACAAACGCAUCGAGACGCCGUAGGUGGCCGACGACGACGGCGACGAGGAGGCGCGGAGAUGGACAAGCUGAGCCUCCAUGACGGUACGAGCGAGAUGGCGGACAAUAUCGAUGUCGCAGCCGCGGACGUUAAGCUGGGCAAGGAUGGCGGCCUCGUCCUCGCGGUACGAGGCGUGGAGAGAGCGGCCCGACUGCGAGGCGGCGGCGGCGCGCUCGGUGAGCAGGGUGCGGAGGUCUGGCGGGAGAAAGGAAAAGUCUGCGGUCGGCUCGGCAAAGGCGGGCUGGAGGCCCACGCAGCAGAGUGCGUAAAAGAUACAUGUGUCCA